CCUCUGAGCGGUUGCUGAGGAGGCGAAGAGCUUGGAGCCAACCUCUCAGCUUUCCCGCGCCGCGCCGCGCCGCCCCUGGUAGCACCUCCGCCUCCUCCUGUGCUUCUUCACCGGCUUCUUCCUUCCUCCGUUUACCCUCAGCUCGUCAAGCUGGCCGGCUCCGAUAUGGCGACCCAUAGCGCUGGCGUUGUGAUUAGUGAUGAUGAACCAGGCUAUGACCUAGAUUUAUUCUGUAUACCUAAACAUUACGUUGAGGAUUUGGAAAGGGUAUUUAUACCCCACGGACUGAUUAUGGACAGGACUGAAAGGCUUGCUCGAGAUGUGAUGAAGGAGAUGGGAGGACAUCACAUCGUAGCCCUCUGUGUGCUCAAGGGGGGUUAUAAGUUCUUUGCUGAUCUGCUGGAUUACAUUAAGGCACUGAAUAGAAAUAGUGAUAGAUCCAUUCCUAUGACUGUAGAUUUUAUCAGACUGAAGAGCUACUGUAAUGACCAGUCAACAGGGGACAUAAAAGUCAUUGGUGGAGAUGAUCUCUCAGCUUUAACUGGAAAGAAUGUCUUGAUUGUUGAAGAUAUAAUUGACACUGGCAAAACUAUGCAGACCUUGCUUUCCUUGGUGAAGCAGCAUAACCCAAAGAUGGUCAAGGUUGCGAGCUUGCUGGUGAAAAGGACCUCUCGAAGCGUUGGAUAUAGGCCAGACUUCGUUGGUUUUGAAAUUCCAGACAAGUUUGUUGUGGGCUAUGCCCUUGACUAUAAUGAAUACUUCAGGGAUUUGAAUCAUGUUUGUGUCAUUAGUGAAACUGGAAAAGCCAAGUACAAAGCGUAAGACGAGCGUUCAAGUGGAGUCUGGAAACAUGAGGAGUCCCAUUGACGUCAUCAGAUGUUCCUAGUUCUGUGGCCAUCUGCUUAGUAAAGCUUUUUUUGCAUGAACCUUCUAAGAAUUUUAUCUGUUUUGUAUUUUAGAAAUGUCAGUUGCUGCAUUCUUAAACAUUUUAUUUGCACUAUAAGCCUAUAGGCAGGUUCCCAGUUCCCAAUGUUUAACUUGUGAAUGGAAAAGUCUCUUAAACUACACCACUGUUAAUGAUAAUAUUGAAAUUGUAUCUGUAAGAAGCAUUUAAAGAGAAGAUAUAUUAGUUUUUUAAUUGGUAUUUUAAUUUUUGUAUAUUUGGGGAAAAAUGGAGGUGAUUGGCCCUUGUUAAUUGUCCCACCAUGCAUUUGGAACAGUCAGAGACAGUCAGUUCUCACCAGUACCAGCAGCCUGUUCAGUAGUAGUGACAGUGUUGGCUCACUUGCUCAGAUUGUUUCUGUGAAUCUUGUCAACAGUUCCUUUCAAAUGCAAAUAAAGUUCCAAAAAUUACUGUC